CCAUUGCCGCAGGUUAUGCUCUCAUUACUGUACCUGACCAGAAGCCUGCUGUUUUCUCUUCCCCAGGUCUUGCUCUUCAGAAGGAGCAAUUUGCUGACAGAGACCCAGACUCCAUGCAUAAUAUCUCUGCUCAGCCCUGGCAGAUGAAGAUGGCUAAUCUUACAUAUGACAACUUUACCAAUGGCAACCGAUCUGAGGUGGCCAUCCAGUAUCCCUCCAACCAGUACAAGACUGUGGAGCUGAUAUUCAUUGCUACCGUAACCGGCUCUCUCAGCCUGGUCACGGUGGUGGGGAACAUCCUCGUCAUGCUGUCCAUCAAAGUGAAUCGUCAGCUUCAGACUGUGAACAACUACUUCCUCUUCAGUCUGGCCUGUGCCGAUCUGAUCAUUGGGGUCUUCUCCAUGAACCUUUACACAGUCUAUAUCAUAAAAGGCUAUUGGCCUCUGGGGGCCGUGGUGUGUGACCUUUGGCUGGCACUGGACUAUGUGGUGAGCAAUGCCUCUGUCAUGAACCUACUCAUCAUUAGCUUUGACCGAUACUUCUGUGUCACCAAACCCCUGACCUACCCAGCUAGGAGGACCACCAAGAUGGCAGGAUUGAUGAUUGCAGCAGCUUGGAUAUUGUCCUUUGUUCUCUGGGCGCCUGCUAUCUUGUUCUGGCAGUUCAUUGUUGGGAAGAGGACGGUCCCGGAGCGGGAAUGCUACAUCCAGUUCCUGUCCAACCCAGCUGUGACCUUUGGGACAGCCAUUGCUGCUUUCUACCUCCCUGUGGUCAUCAUGACUGUACUGUACAUCCAUAUCUCACUGGCCAGCAGGAGCAGGAUAAGGAGGCAUAAACCAGAGAGCAAGAAAGAGAAAAAAACCAAGCCACUCAGCUUCUUUAAGAGUCCUCUGAUCAAGCAGAAUAGCAGUUCUCCCAAGAAGGCGAUAGAGGUGAAGGAAGAGGUAAGAAAUGGGAAAGUAGAUGAUCAGCCCUCAGUGCAGACAGAGCCUACAGGCCAACAGGAGGAGAAGGAGACCUCUAAUGAGUCCAGCACAGUCAGUAUCACUCAGACCACAAAGGAAAAGCCAGUGCUGGAAAUUUUGCCAGCUGGGCAAGGGCACAGCCCUGCCCACCCACGAGUUAACCCAGCUUCCAAGUGGUCUAAGAUUAAGAUAGUCACCAGUCAAACUGGUAGUGAAUGUGUCACAGCCAUUGAGAUUGUCCCAGCUAAGUCAGGAGCCUCUGACCAGAACACGCUGUCAAAUUCCCGGCCGGCCAACGUGGCUAGGAAGUUCGCCAGCAUUGCCAGGAGUCAGGUGCGGAAGAAGCGCCAGAUGGCAGCCCGGGAGAAGAAAGUCACCAGGACUAUAUUUGCUAUCCUGUUGGCCUUCAUCCUCACAUGGACUCCCUACAACGUGAUGGUCCUGAUUAAUACCUUCUGUGAGACCUGCGUACCAGAAACUGUGUGGUCCAUUGGGUACUGGCUCUGUUAUGUCAACAGCACCAUCAAUCCAGCCUGUUAUGCCCUCUGCAAUGCCACUUUCAAGAAAACCUUUAAGCACCUUCUCAUGUGCCAGUACAGGAACAUUGGCACAGCUAGGUAAGCUGGCACUCAGGGUCCACUUGGCAGAGUUAUAAAUAUAUUCUCCUUUGCCUCUUUGUUUAGAGGGUUCUCCGCUCACCACUCAGAACAAUGCAGACUGUUUAAAGACUCCAGAUGAUGCCCUUCACCCAGUGCUAGAGAAGAUCCAAGGCAGAUGCUAGAUGCAGCUCCUGGAUCAUUCUCAUCCUGUGGGAGAGCCUGAAGAGCCCAUAGACAUUCACCAAUCAAACAGCACCUGGUUUUCUGCCACAGCCCCAGAUCCUAAAGAGGCAAAGCCAGAGGCAGGACAUUAUAAGGAGGCACCAAAAUUACCUCCAACCUUUGCAGCUUGCUGCUCUUGAGAUGUUGGCUAAACUAGCAUCAGUUCUUGAUGUCACUCUAAAACCUACAUGUAUUUCCUGCGGAUUAUGCCUGUGUGCAGGGUGAGAUGUCUCUGUGCAAUAAGGUGUGAGGUAAGAGCAAGUCCCUUCUUUCGCUGACUGACUAUCCUGAUGGCUUUACAAUGCUUGUAAGUGUGGAGGGAUGUCAGGAGAUUUUCAGCAUGCUCUUAACCUAUAUAACACUGAAGACAACAAGGAACACAGGUCAGCCACACAAGGUGGUUGUCCCAAGGUGUCAGCUGAUUCAUUUUUGGACCAGCUUGACAUGGAUGUGCUCAUGGAAGAUAUUGGAUCAUUCAGACCCCCUCCUGGGGGCCAGGGCAGGACUCGUCCCUAUCAUGUCAUCUCUAGCAUUUUUAGAAGUCCCAAGGGGAGGAGUAGCACCCCCACAUCCUUCCUUUUGGGGAGACGAUGCCACAGCCUGAUACAGCAGCUUGCCUGGAAGCUUUUCCUGAGCUUCAACCUCAGUAUUCCUCUGCGAGUUCCAUCCCCAUCCUCGCCGGAGGCAUGGAACGAGACUCUUGUGUCUAGCAGAUAAGGGUAAAACCCCAGUGUCGCCCUAAGAAACACCAGAACCUAAUACUGCGCAGGGGAAAAAGUGUCAGCGCGAGAUAGUUCUUUCUGCAGCCCUGAGGGAAUGUGACCUCUGAGAACCAUGUGGCAAUGUUAAAAAUAACUGUCCUUGGGGGAACAGGGAGCUGAUGCCCUGCUCAGAGUACAGUGGUGUGCAGAGAGCAGUCUGGAGAUGGGUAAGGCUCUGCUGCUGGAGCUGAGGAUGACCUUGAAGGGAGUGACAAACUGACCCUAUAGCUCCCUACAAGGCUGGGGCUCCUGCAAGGUCCACAGGGCCAGAGAGUGUGCUCCCCUGACUCCCAGUGGGUGGGGGAGGGACAUUUCACCCACUGGUCUCUGGACUCCGGCUGUAAGUUCCCAGAGUGUGGGUUCUGGAGGAGCGGGGAGGGAGGAAUGACAUCCUGGACCUCCCCACUAGCUCCAGCUUCAGGUGCAGGCCAGAGCCUAGGGGUGUGAUAAAGCUGCUGAGCUUUGUAAAUGGGUGUAACUCUCUUGUCAGUGUUGUUAUGGAGUCCUCAGCAUGUGGGGUUCAUUGUAAAUGUGCAGCCCAAACCCCAGCAUAGUUGUAUAUACAGACCAACCCAAUUAAUGCCAUUGCUCAGCUUCUCCCAAAGUCACGCAUCCUAAGCACCACUCUGGCACAGGUAGGCACAGCUGUGGCAGGUGCAGAUCAUGGCCUAGGCUGAUGAGGGGCAGGGAUGAUCCCUGCAGUCAUCUCCAUAGAGAGCUGGGAAGGGUCACUCUCUGCACGUGGCAUCCCCAUGUCCGUCCCAGGGGAUGCUGUGCAACUGAGACAAGGGCUGCUCCUUAGCCCUGCUAUGGCAUCAGCCUCACUGCCACUGCCUUUAGGAUAAUUUGCAUAGUGUUACCCAAAUGCCUUGCAUUUUUUAAUUAUUACAAUUACAGUGGAACCCACUUCAAUGAAUAAAGGAACCAAAUGAGAA